AUGCCACCUAUCAGCAUAUCCAAAGCGCGCUCCGCGACACCCGAAAAUUCAUUCACCAAGAUGGACGAUAAAGACGUCGAGGCCAUCGGUCGCCAUUGCCAAUACGAAUACUGCGGCCAGCUAGACCUCCUUCCUUUUAAAUGUGAAUCGUGCCGUAGCACUUUCUGUCUCGAUCAUCGAACUGAAACAGCCCAUAAAUGCGCCAAGGCAGGCGAGUGGGCUCGACGCCGAAACGGCACAACCCCCCGGAACGAGAACAGCCCAUCACCCGAGAGACCGAAUAUAUACAACUCAGAUCAGUGCUACCAUGUCUCUUGCAAGACGCUCAUCAAUACACUUAAAGACCCGGGCGUGCGCUGUCCUAAUUGCAACCAGCAAUACUGUCUCAAGCAUCGUCUCAAGGAAGAGCACGACUGCGCAAAGCUGCGCCAGUUCGGCGCUAGACAGGGUGUGUCGCCUAAUGAGACGAUUAAAUCUAUAUUUGCAAAGAUGCGUGAGUGGGGGAAAGAUACACAGGCGGCAGGUGCCCAAUUGAUCCCUAAGCCGAAGGUUAAACCAAAUAGUCCUGCUGCGCGAAUGGCAAGCGUUAAUAAUAUGAAGCGCUCGGCUAAAGGGGAUGCUAAAGUUCCUGCUGAUAAGCGGCUGUACUUGCAUACGGUUGGAACGGCAGAUACCCAGGCUACUGAGCCGCCUUCGGGUGACUUCUACUUUAACUCAGAGUGGAAGGUUGGCCGUGUGCUCGACGAUGUAGCGCGAAGGCUGCACGUCGAGAAUAUGAAUAACAGGAGUCCUGGGGAGGAGGAACGACUACGGAUCUUCCAUGUCGAGUCUGGGGAGUUCUUGGAAUUCUCGGAUUCCGUUGGAAGAAAGGCGAAGUCGGGCGAUACAAUCGUAUUGUUGCGGGGCGCUGGACUCGUCUUGGAGAAGUCAUAG